GUAAGUGCUUGCGCUGCGAAGGCAUUCGAUUGUCUUUUCUGCGCCCUCGUUCUUUUCCCCAUUUUGCCACAGCCACCUUGACACAAGGCAUUUGGCUAACCCUCGCACAAAUCACUCAAUCUGUUUACCAGCAACCUAGCUGAAUCUCAACUCGCGCUGGAGCCGCAGCAUCAAUGGACGCGACUUCGUGGACCAGCUCGUCCUACGCCAACUCGGACACUGGCAGGGACGCCCCUCGCAGUACGGGCAACACUGCCGCCCAGCGGAAGAAGACGGCACGCUUCGGCAAUUUGUACGUGGGAUCGGAAAGCGUGAAUCUCACCUCGAAGUUCUGCGCUUCAUUCUCAGACAACCAGAGCCCUCCCGAGCAGAACACAGAAUUCCACACGGUACCUGCGAAGGUUCUGCAAGACGUGACAGUGCCGUACUUCUGCCUAGAGCAGCGGGAUGACGGGCUUAUGGACGUGGACGCGGCCAUGCUGCUCACCCACACGCCCCUCCCGAAGGGCUCCUCCGCGUUCACGUCCGUUCACAUCGUGUCGGUUGCGAACGACAGAGCCCGGGCCACUUCGGAGAUCGUGCGUGAGACCGCCAGUAAGCUCAGGGGGGGCGCGUGGACCUACGAGUGGCCAGAGCUUCAGGCCAGCGACGUGGUGGGCGAGUACGAGGCUUUCUUCCGCAUCACCGCCGAGCUUGUCCUCAACGGCGCCGACAGGUCCAGCCUCCUGGUCUUCGUCGCAGACGCGGGCGACACCUGCGAGCUCGCCGUGGCGACCAUUCUGGCCAUGCUGCCAUUCCGCGGCGUGCAGGUGGCCUUCGUGACUCCCAGGCUCGGCUACGUGAACCCUCUGCGCAAGUUGACCACGGCGUCGGGCUUGUUCGAGUACGACGCCAGGCAGCCCGAGCGCAUGGGCCGCUGCCCCGUGGCGGCCGUGUUCGGCCCCCUCGGCGAUCGUGCCUUUCGCUGCGCGCUGGCGCCGUGGUGCCCGCUGAAGCCAGCCGUCGCCGCCGAGGAGAAGCCAGCCCCGUUCAAGAUCGGAGCCCUGGAGUUGCCGAUGGUCACGUUCGAGGGCCAGUAUGCAGCGGGAGUGGACCGGCUCGCAUCGUUGCUCGAGAAUCACUUCGGCGCCUCGAUGUUCCCCGUCGUUGCCGUGGGCGAGACUGUUGACGCUCUCGGCUACGGAUCGGAUGUCCUCAGCGCCCUGGAGCAACGCGGCUGUUCAGGCUAUUACUUCACUCAUGCGUCAGGCGAGAGCAACAAGAAGCCAGAGGCGUACGGCAGCCCAGAGCUCUUGAAGGCGAUCGCCGCGGCCAAGGGCGCCGAGAAGCGUGUGGUGGUCGUCGCAGUAGGCGGAGGCGUGAACGGCAACACGAUGGGGACCGUCGCAGCCAUGAUCGGAGCAGAUUUCGUGGAGGUGCCCACGACACUGAUGCAUUACAACGACGCCACCACGUCGGCCAAGAAGGCUUUCAGUCUCGUCAGGGACGGCGAGAUACUGUCCAAGAACAUCCUGGGCACCUUCUACCUUCCCCAGCUGGUGUUCUGCAUCAGCGAGACCUUCCUUACGCUGUCCUGCGUGCACGCAGCCGUGGGAGAGGCCACCAAGACAAUGAGCAUGCUCGGCAACACCACAUCGACCACAGGGCAGCAAAGCUUCUCCAACAUCCUGGGUGGUGUGGAGUUCGCGAGUGAUUUCACGCGCAUCAUGGGCGGCGUCGAGGGGUUUGAGCAUCUGAUCACGUUCAUCCGCGACUCCCGUAAGCUCAAGGACGAGGUUCUCAGGCUGGGUCAACAGAUCUCGAAGGCCAGGUGCUCGAUGCUGCAGGUGGCGGAGCUCGCGCGGCUCACCGCCCGGCGCCAGGAGGCGCUGGCCGAGCUCCGCGCGCGCUUCCACGGCGGCAUCUCAGCAGAGAGCCGGGGCGGCAUCAUGGCUUUCCUGACCGUCAUUAACGAGGAGAUCAUCCGCGCCAAAGCUAUGUUUCUCGCCUAUUCCGACCCGUUUGAGAAGUACCGCGCGUUGCUUUUCGAGUACGCUCACACCCUGGGUCACGGUAUCGAGGCAGUAAUGAACGGGCUGUACCGCAAGGCAGAGGCAUUGAACAUCGAUUACGAGGACGCCUUCCGCCUGCACGGUCAGUGCGUGGGCAUGUCCGUGAUCCUCGCGGGUGAGAUGUCCCGACGGCUGGGCCACCUGCAGGGAGACGGGUUCGUCGCUCACCAGUCGCUAGUAUAUUUGUUCAACAGCUUCGGGGGCUACGACUUCAGGCCUCUGCGUCAGCUCUGCGACAAGCUCGGCGUCAGCAAGGAGGAGUUCUGCGAGAGCGUGCUGAAGGUGGUCCGGCGCGAUAACAAGCGCGGCUAUUGUAAGUGUGCCCCAGGCUGCAGCGUCGACCAGCUCGUGCAGGGCAGGCCAGGCUCCCUCCUGCGCAGCGACGACCCCAACGCCGAGCUCCGCUACCUGGUGGAGGUCAGCGAGGACUCGCAGCGGGACGUGCUCAUGGAUGCCUUUGAGGGCCACUUCGACAAGGUGCUGGUGGCUGAGGGUCCAGGCCAGCUGUCGCACGUCCCGCGCGCGCGGGCCUCCGGCCGCGACGCCACCUACGCGGCGGAGGAGCUCCGCGCCCUCCUGCGGGCCCUCGACGGCGACGGCGUGGGCCCGCGCUCCUCGAGCGCGGCCCAGGCCGCCGAGUCUGGCGCCAGCUCUCUCGGAGAGGGCCGUGCGGGCAGGAGCGCGUUCAGGCACAUCUCCAAGAAGGAGUCGAGCGUGACCUUGUCCACCAUGGCCCUUGACGGCGUGCUGCCGAGCAGUGCGGCGCCUCCCUCGGACCCCGGCGACGGCCAUGUCUCGAGCGACUCCACGCAGUCCCUCCAGGACGUGGAGCGGGCCUCGCACGGCUCGGGCAGGAAGCGGCUCGACUCCGACGAGCUGUCUGGGGCACGCGGGCAGUCUGUGCUCUCGGCGGAUCUGGCUGGCGCGGGGAAGGACAGGGUCUGAGCCAGUCCAGCUCGUCCUCCUCCUCCUCCUCCUCCUCCUCCUCCUCCUCCUCCUCCUCCUCCUCCUCCUCCCCCUCCUCCCUCGGGGAGAGUCGUCCUGUGAAGUGGUGCGGCGAGGGUCGUGCAGAUCAUCGCUCUCUUCCUUUUGCAUCCUCCAGUGCUGAUGCUCCUUUUCCGAGUGCGUGCGUUACCCAGCACUGUUUCCCGAUUUGACCCACGCCAGUGUGACAGGCUGGCUGGUCGGAGGGUGCAAUGCUCUCCUGAUGAUGUUGAAGGUACUCUACAUUUUCCUCAUCUUUGGAACCCACUUCGGAUCUUUUUCAUGUUUUCCUGGCGAUCUGCAAUGUACGCUCAUUGUUCAUUCGUGUGGCAUUUGCGUACAGCCACAUUGCAACGGCGGGUGCCAGUGGGCAUUACCCUCCGCCGCUAAUACCUAUACUAUGAUCUCAAGUUGCAGUGCAUUCUGCAUGGAAUCCAUGGACCUGCGAGGUCUCACAGGCACGUUGAAGCAAUGGGAAGCUACAGAGGCCGAACCAAUGCUCCAGCUACCUGUACUCUGCUACGCUCACAGGAGGGGUUGGAGGAGUCAGAGGGCCCCCCUGUUCCCACCCUCCCUCCCGCAACACAAUGAUUUAAUUGUGGCACAACUUGACACUUGCAUUGAAGAACGUCACUUACGCAUGUCUCUUUUGAGGUGGGAUGGGACUCGGAUUGGCUGGC